CGAGGAGGCUGGACUGGACCGAGUAACACGAAGAGGAUCGAGACUUUGGAGGAGACCGUCGCAAAGAUAAAGAUCCGUCAUGACGCCGAAGAAGAACGUGAGAAAAAGAAGAGAAAAGAUGAGGAGAAAGAAAGACGGGACAGUGAAGAUGAACUAAGAAGACAGAAGGAUGAGCCAGAUCGUGACGAGCACUACAAGCAGAUAGGGGACUUGAUUUCCUCUAGACUUGGAGGUGGUGAGGAGAUUAUGAACCUGAAGAAGAAAGAAGUGUGCGAUAUGGAAACUUUGAGAGCGAAGGUUGACAAUUUGAAGAAGAUUAGAAACUUACCUGCUGCGACGGUAAAUGAGGUAGAAACCUCUGUUCGGCUACAGCGCGAGUAUGGCGAGGCGAAACGUAAAGCACAGGAAGCAAACGAGAGGCGAAUUGCGGCACUCGAGGAGCAGUUGCUAAGCUUGAAAAACAUCUCAGAGGAGGCAAUGAAUGAGGCGAAAGGUUGGAAACUGGAAGCGCAACGAUCGGGCAACAAACGUGGGAACGUCGCUGUUGGGGUUACACCUAGUCCGCUCCUGUGCUCUCGACCUCGAUGUGCUCCUGCUGCGACGCCGCCUAACACGAAGAAGAAGAUCGAUGAUGAUUACAGUGAGUUGGUUGCAAGGCAUAUGGAGGAGGUUAACGUUCUGAAGGAAAUGAGGAUUCGUGAAUUCAAUUGGAGGAGAGAGGCCGAGCAAGAAGCCGAGAGAGUGAAAGAAAUGAAGGAUAAGGAAAUUGAGAAGCUGAAGGUAGCUCUGAGCAAGGUUCAGAUGAAGUCAACAGGGAAAACGAAAGUUUCACGAAUGAAGGAGACACAGUGCAAGUCGACUGCUACUGACUUACGCCAAAGACUGGAGGCUGCGAUAGGAGGAGGUGAUGGUGGUUUUGGCAACUUUGGAACUGAAGCGGCCGAAAAAGUUGCACAUGCCAAUGAUCGUGAGGGGUUCUUGAGGGAGUGUCGACUGACAUGGUGGUCGCCAUUUGUGAGAAAGAAGGAGUUACAUAUACCACAUUGGACAAGACGAAGGAAGAGAUUGCCCUUUGACGGACACAGAAAGCUUGUGAUGAACUGCCACCUGGAACCUCGGGUGGGGCUGCGAUUGAAGUCUCCGACAACGUUGAAAAAGCAAGUGAGGAUCUCGGUAAGUUUGACGGGGCUGGCGAGAGCACUUAGGGUCAACUCCCGACGCGGCUUACCUUUGGAACGUGGCUAGGCACUGUUCGAAUCAGCGAAGUCUGUAUGUUCAACGUUUGCUCGGUCGAUAUUUAAACGGUUUGUUUUGUCUGGCAGUGAUUCGGUUAACCCUUUCUGGUGAGAUUCCCUGGGACGAGAAAUUUGUUGAUUGUUUUAACUCUCUUCUUGGUGCUGGUUAUGAUUUUGAGCGUUGCGAUGGUCCUUUGGUCUAUGCUCUCAUUUCCCCCUGGUGUAGACAUGUUUAUAUAGGGAGUACCGAUAAAGAUGUGCAUACGCA